AUGCUGAGAUUCAUCGUGCACGUGUGGAUGCUCGGGUUAAUUUAUGCAGGAGCACUGAACAGUGAGGACGUCGGUGGAUGUGAACAACAGCCAUGCCAAAAUGGUGGUGUGUGUGAAAGCCAUGACGGAGGAUUCCGAUGCCUUUGUUCACAGCAGAGCCAAAACGGGCGCCUGAACGUUGGGGAGAACUGUACACUUGCACAGUCGGUCUGUGACGAAGGCCAGUGUGAGAAUGGAGGAGUGUGUUCUUCUUUGCUUGUAAAUGAUCAGCGCACAUAUGCAUGCAUCUGCCUUCCAGGCUACACUGGGCCUAAAUGUCAGACUUCCAGCAUCUUCUCAUUUGAGUCCCAUGGCUACAUGUUCAUUGAGACACAGCAGCUAGACUCAGAAGCUCCACUUAAUUUGACUUUCAGCUUCAGGACAGAGAAGCUGACCGGUAUUCUAUUUCAGCGGAGAGUGGACAACCUGCUGCUCAGCAUUGAGCUGAUGGAUGGACGUCUCUGCCUCCUCAGUCAGAGAGGACAAGGCUCCAGCACUCUGGUUCAGGAGCUUCCUGAGUAUUUGUCCAACAGCAAGUGGCACACAGUGGAAGCAUUCGUGGGUGGCGUGGUCAGUCUCAUCAGGUUACUGUGCACGGAGGGAAGCUGCACCAGAGACUCCAGCACUGAAGUCCAGCUGCUUGACCAGGCUGCUGCUCUUCCAGAGCUGGGAGCUGUUCGUCAAAGCCUCUUCAUUGGAGCAGUCAGAGGGAACUGGACUUUAGGCAGACCUGAGGGUAGAGCGGACAACCUGCCUGCUUUUUUGGGCUGCUUCAGAGAUGUGUUUGUUAACUCUUAUCUGGUGCUGCCCGUUGAAGUGCCAAAAGAUUCACGCACCCAGGUAAACAUCACAGCGGGGUGCAGCGACAAAGACAAGUGUGAUGACAGUCCAUGUCAGAACCGAGGGCGCUGUGUCCGCCAGGGCUGGAGGAGCUACAUCUGUGAGUGCCACCGACCAUAUGAGGGACACGACUGUGCAGAGGAGUACAUCACUGCCAGGUUUGGAAAAAGAGACCUCAAGAGCUUUGCUGAAUUUUCAUUAGACAAUGACCCUGGUGACCCUGUGACCAUCUCCUUGUUCAUUCGCACCAGACAGUCCAACGGCCUGCUCCUCAUCCUGGCCAACAGCACCAGCCAGUACCUCCGCCUAUGGCUGGAGGAGGGCAAGGUCAAAGUUCAGGUCAACAACUUUGAGUCCCUUGUUGGUCAAAAUGUGGUCAGUGAUGGCCAUUUCCACCUAAUUACUGUGAAAUUGGAAGCAACAACAGCCAUUUUGUUCCACUCAACUCAAAUCCAGGGUCUUAUGACCAUCAGGCAUGUCCAAACCCAUCCUGGAGAUGUGUUUUAUGUUGGGGGACUACCAGACUCAAGGGCCACCGCUUCAUUUGGGGGCUACUUUAAAGGAUGUGUCCAGGAUCUAAGGAUUAAUAGCAAACGAUUGCAGUUCUAUCCAAUAGAAACUCCAGUGGAGUCUUACCCCUUAGUGAAACUCGUAAAUGUUACAGAAGGCUGCAGCAGUGAUAAUGCCUGUGCGGUCAACCCUUGUCUAAAUGGGGGUGAGUGUUACUCUAUGUGGGAUGAUUUCAUCUGCAGCUGCCCCACCAACACUGCAGGGCAGCGGUGUGAACAGGUGAAAUGGUGUGAGCUCUCCCCCUGUCCUGCCACUGCUGUUUGUCAGCCUCUCUCCCAAGGAUUUGAUUGUUUGUUCAACGUGACAUUUCGACAUGAGAACAGUAUUCUGCAGUACCUCGGUAACGGAAAGAUUAAGCACAACCUUACCAGUGUCUCCCUCAGCUUCCGCACCAGACAGUCAGUAGCAACUCUGUUUCAUGCACAAAAAGAGACCAGCUACCUCACAGUCUCUCUACUGAACUCUCAUUUGGUCAUGGAGCUCAAAUCUGGAGCUGACGUGGAUUCUCCCAAAGUGGCAGCUCAAAGUCUUGGUCUACUCAGUAAUGGAGAGUGGCAUACUGUUGAGAUCAGCAAACAGACUCAAGCAUCCACCUGGAUCAUUGAUGUAGAUGGAGGCAAAGAGAAGAUCAGCAUUUCCAAAACAGCUGUAGAGGACUUUAACUUCCUCAAAGAUGGAGCAGACAUUUUUUUGGGAGGUUUAAGCCAGGAAUCUGGGGUGAACCUGUCUGGCUGUCUGGGCCGAGUAGAGAUUGGGGGUCUUCUUUUACCAUUCUACCUGGACACAGAGUUGAACCUGCCAAGACCACAGGAGGAGCAGUUUGUGAGGAUAAAUGGUAACGCCGCUCUGCAGUACGGCUGCUGGGGAACCAGGGUAUGCACACCCAACCCAUGCCAGAAUGAGGGGACCUGUGAGGACCUGUUUGACCUCCAACAGUGCAAGUGUAGUCCUGAGUGGACAGGGUCAUUGUGUCAAGAAUCAACAGACUCCUGCAGCUCCAGCCCCUGCAUCUACGGCAACUGCACCAACCAACCUGAGGGGUUUAGGUGUGAGUGUGAGUUUGGCUUUACUGGUGAACAGUGCGAAGUAGAAGUUGAUAUGUGUGAAAACAGCAGCUGCAGUUAUGGUGCCACAUGCCUCAAAGGUUUCCAGAGCUACACCUGCCUCUGCCCUCGGAACAUGACGGGCCAUUACUGCGAUGAGAACAUUCCUGAAAUUCCUUGGUACAUAGAGGCCGACCCACUCCCUCAGUUGCCCAUGUCUUCAUGCAUGGGUACAAGAUGGAACUACAGCUGCUUUAAUGGAGGAAACUGCUCUAAAGCAGACAGCACAUGUUACUGCCUGCCUGGCUUCACAGGACAAUGGUGUGAGAAGGAUGUGGAUGAAUGCGCCUCAGAGCCAUGUAUGAACGGAGGCUUCUGCAUCAACUACGUCAACAGUUUCGAAUGUGUGUGCGACAUGAAUUACUCGGGGAUAUACUGUCAAAUAGACGUCAGUGACUUCUACAUGUAUCUCUUCUUGGGCUUGUGGCAGAACCUCUUCCAGCUCGUGUCCUAUAUCGUCAUUCGCCUCGACGACGAACCAGAGAUUGAAUGGGGAUUACAGGUCAACGAUUAGAAAUCUCCUUAUCCAUGAUGGGAAAACUGGACCAGAGUAGAGGGGUAUACCAUUGUGC